GUCAUUGCGAGAAAAAAAUUAAUUUACACGUAUAAACGCGAAUGUGAAAACAAACAGAUUUUAUCAGUAAAAUUUGCCCAAAAAGCCAAAUUUUAGCUUUAAUCGAAACACGACAAAAUGUUUGCUAAUCUAAAGAAUAAAUUAAUCGAAGAAGUGAAGGCCUCACCAUCUAAAUUUCAGCAAUUUGCUAAUGCAGCACAGGCAGCAGUCUCUUCUACAUCCAGUGGGUCUGAGUCUACAACUACCACCACCACCAAUACGACAAAUGAGAAUUUUUUCAGUAUUACUGAAGAAGAUACCCCACAAAAUUCACCAUAUAAACCAUUGAAGUUACCAGCUGGUGCUGUCCGAGGCCGUAAUGCGACUCCUCCUCAGAAUGGUGGUGCUAUUCCAAGAACACGAAAACUUUCUAACUCAUCAAUACAAUCGGAUGUAUCAUUUCGCUUACCUAACUGGGAUGCAGGAUCGGUUUACCAUCUUCAAUCGGAUUUGGAUGAAUCUGGAAGUGAAAUGGGUGAUACGGCAUCUACCGCCAAAUUGGAUGUUAUAACGAAAGAACAAUUAUUUGAUGCUUAUCGCAAAUCUUUAGAUCGCUAUCACAAAUAUCGAUGCCGAUAUACUGAUCUGGCAAAGAAAUACAAAGAUUUGGAGCGAGAUAGUACCAAGGCAAGGUCAGUUUUGGUGGAAACCCAAGAAAAGGCAAUCCGGCGCAUAAAUGAACUUCGUGAACAGUGCUCUUUGGAGCAACAGGCGAAGGCCCAUUUAGAGGAGGCGCUACGCAUGGAAAUGGAUGAUAUGCAAUGCAAAAUGCAAGCCUAUCAGACCAAGCUUAAAUUACUUGGUGAAAAUCCAGAUAAUAUAGCUGCAGCUUUGGCAGGGCAAUCCGAUCAAUUGAUUGAUCUGAAUAGUGAGGAGACGAUUAAAAAGGAAAUCCUUCCAACAGCGACCAACGAACCUACUAACAAUGAGCAGGAGCUCAAAGCAAGAUUAGAAAGUUACGAAAAACUAAUCCAAGAGCGAGAUCAACAUAUAUUGGAUUUAAAUAACAAACUCGAGCUACUUAAGAAACAAGAAGAGGAAAAUGUUUUGCUGCUGGCCCAGACUAAAGCCGCCAUACAUUCCGAAUUGGAAAACAAGGAGGCCGAAGUUAAAAAACUAUCGGAGACAGUAAAACAACUUCAAUCCGAAUCAAACAAAAAAGAAAAGCAAUCAGCAGUUUCCGUUGAGGAGCUCAAUGAGCUGAAAGAGAAAUUACGGCAGACAACUGCUGCAAAACAAGAAUUGGAAGCCAAAUUCAUUGCGUCCGAACACAUGUUGAGUGAAGUGCGUGAAAAGCAAGCAGAAAAAGAUAAUCUUGUCAAAACCUUGGAAGAAAAACUUGAGAAGCAAACUAAAGAGAAUGCCGAAAAGUUGCAAGAAUUGCAACAGCAAAAUCAACAACUUAGCGAAAUGGUGCAGAGACAUCAGCAAAACGAAGUCUCACUGGCGGAAGUGGACAAUGAACUAAAUAGGACUAAAAACGAAAAUGACAUAUUAAAAGCCGCCCUGCAAGAGAACGAAAGAAAACUUCAGGCAACCGAACUUGAAUUCAACCAACGCUUAGAAGUGAUUGAAAAACUUAAAAACGAGUGUACUUCUAAGGAGGAUUUGCUAAAGCAGGCUUUAGAUAGAUCUGAAACCUUACAGCAAGAAGUGCAAGACGCAAAGAAUACAAGGGAUGAGAUGCAAGAAAGUGUUAAACACUUGGAAAAUGAAUUGCGACUGCUGCAAGAGCAAAACAUUAAUACCGAAUCGGAGACAAUUUCAAAUUUGAAAAUGGAACUGGAAAGAGUUUCGACACAGCUAACAGAACAACUUAAGGCAACCAAAGACCAACUUGCCAACAAGGAAAAAGAAUUAAAAACUCUGACGCGAAAGACAUCUAAAUCUGAGAAACAACAUGAAAAUCAUAUGUCCCAAAUGCAACAACAGUUUGAAGAGAUUGAAAAACUAAAGAGUGAUUUAAUGCAACAAGAAAAUCUAAUUGAAGCUCUCCGAGAAGCUUCUCAGCAACGAGAGCAACAAGCAGAGCGGGAAAAGAAUGAUCUAAAGGCACAAAUCAAUGGCAUCUUAAGUGAAAUUACGCAAAUGGAGGAACAAAUGCGCAUAGUGCAAGACUCCCAUAAAGAAUUGGAGAAUGAAAAACUAAUGUUAGAGUCCCGAAUUGAGAGUAUGCAGGAGCAAAGACAAAACUCCGAAGAAGAUACAGAGAAGUGGCGUCAGUUACUGCAACAAAACGAAGAGAAACUCAAGGAGACUGAAAUGAAACUUCAAAAUGUCGAAAGUGAACACACGCAAUUGGCUGAAAAGAACUGCCUCCUCGAGGAGAACACUCAUAGGUUGGAAAUGUUAGUAGCCGAGAAGGAAAGACAGCAAGCUGCUUCCGAGGAGGCCCUUAUUAGUGAACUUCGAUUGAAGCUGGAGACCACCGAGAAUUCUUUGCAAAAGCUCAAUGAGAAAAUGCAAGAAGUUUUACAUGAAAACUCGAGGCUGCACAACAAUCAGGAACUAAACGACCACGACUACAGGAACCUGCAAGAUAGGUAUGAUGCACUUGAUAAAGAAAAGGUGAUCAUUGAAGAUAACCGAGAUUGUAUGCAGCAUGAACUGGAGGAUGUUAAAAACCAAUUGCAACAAGAGCUGAUCAAAACAGCAGAUCUUCAAAAGGUCAUACAGGAAACUCAUGCAAAAGUCUUGGAGAUAACCAUAGCGUUUGAAGCCAAGGAUCAGGAACUUAACGAACAGAAAAAACUGCGGGAGUGCUUGCAAAAAGAGCAGGACAAUUUAAAAGAGCAACUGCAAGCUCUAACGUCAACGCAGGAUGAUUUGUCACAACUGCAUGAAAAACUUCAAGAGAAGCAAAUGGCCAUGGAUGCAUUAAACAAAGAUAUGGAAGAGUUAAAAACUAACCACAAUUAUUUAGUAACGCAACACGAAACAGAACGGCAGCAGCUUCAGGACAAAUUAUCAGAGUAUGAAACUCUUAGUCAAGAGCUUGAGCAUAAGAACGAACAGGUCAUACUGUUGGCGGAGCAAACGAAAUCAUUGCAACAAGAAUUAGAGGAUAGUCAAAGCCAAUUAGGUCAAGUGACUCAGCAGCUGGAACAAUUAAAUGACAUGCAAAGGAGCAACGAUUCUUUCAGUGACCAACUAAAGGAACUAAAUGCAAAGAAUGAGCAACUAACAGCUAAACUCAACGAACUACAGGACCUACAUGAGGAUCAGAAAAAGGCUUUAAUUAAGCACCAAGAACAGGAAUCAACUAUGGCAGCUGAAAUGGAGACGUUGAAACAAUUGCAGCAAGAGCAAAUGAAUGAGAAAGCCAAGGAAAUUAAUGAGCUCUCGCAAAAAUUGGACAAUGAACUAAGGGAAAAAGAUAAACUUGUCAAUUUGGUAUCCACAUCUCAGCAACAAUUAGAGGAGUUCCAAAAGAAAUACUCCCACAACAUUGCAGAACUCCAAAAGUUACAGGAUCAGAUUAAUAAACAAAAUACUGAAUCUUCCAACAAGGAACAACUACAACUGGAAUGUGAAUUCCUUAACAAGCAUGUAAAGCAGUUGGAAACCGAAUUGGCCAAGCACGAGGAAAAUGGAAAAUCAAAGGAUUUGGACACUCAUGAGUUGAAAGACAAAUUAAAAUCGCUUCAAUGUGAACUAUAUGUGCAUAAGGAGAAUGCCGAAAGGCAUGAUGGGGAAUUGCUGGUAAAAGAAAAUCAGCUUCGCGAAGCAGAAGCCCAGAACAAGAAGCUUCUGGAUGACUUGGAAAAAGAAAGGACAGAAUUACAGCGUCAAGUGGAACACAUAAAAUACAUAACUGAACAAGAUGACACGGUUCAAAAAGAAUUGCUUGCCACUCAAAAUAAAGUAAGAGAGUUGGAAGCCUCCCAGGAAAGGUUGAACGAGGAAUGUGAACACUUAAAGGCGAUUGUAGAAACCAAAGAAAGUGAAUAUGCCGCCAAGAACGAGAAGCUAUUACAAGAUUUGGAAAAUAAUUCGUUUACCAUCGAAAAACUGCAGGGCGAAGUGAACAGCUUAAGCAAAGAGCUGGAGGAGAAGAAGCAACAAACCAAAACCCAACACAUCGAUCUGGAGGAGGAGGUGAUACAAACAAAAAUGCAAACAACAACCAGCGAAAUGCCGCUGACCUCUAAUACUGCCCCCUCACAACAAUCUCUUCCCCAAGACUCGGAACAUUUACGAAAAAUCAAUGAAAUGCUACAACGUGAAUUGGAAGAUCUAAAACACAAAUCAUCAUCUGAAAUUUCCAAUUUACAACAAGAAAUGGAGGAUAUUCAAUCCACUAACAAUCAGAUGGCUGACCGAAUUAUGGAUUUGGAGCGUAUAAAAGCAACACUGCAGGCACAGAAAUUGUUUGGCAUGGAAAUGCGUUUUGAAGAGGCUCCCGUUCAAACAAUCAACACCACCAACGUCAAUGCCAAUCCCAACAACAAUAACCAAUCGAACAAUAGUGAUACAGAAAAACAAGAAUUGGAAACAAAAUUAAAAACCAUUAUGGCAGAGGUGCAAGAUGUCUCCAAUCGUAAUCUUUUCCUAGAACAAAAAUGUGAAAAUUAUCUCAUUCUCGAACAGUCAAAUGAACGACUGAAAUUGCAAAAUGCCAAGUUAUCAAGACAGCUGGAUGAAACUUUGGUGUCCAUGCAACAUAAUGAAGGCAUCACGGCUAAUACAGAGUUCGAGUACUUAAAGAAUAUAAUGUUUCAGUAUUUAACUGGAUCCGCAAAUGGAAAUAAUGAAACUUUAGUCAAAGUUAUAUCGGCUGUACUAAAGUUUUCACCGCAACAAACUCAAGUGGCCUUGGAAAAAGAACAUCAAAGAAGGUCUUUGAUUAGCAAAAUUCUAUAGCAUGAAAACGAGAAAAGUUACUACAUUUGGUAGCAAUAGCCAGUAGCAAAGUACAUACAUUAUAGUUAGUUUUAUAACAACAUACAUAUAUACUAAAUUAACUACAUAACAUACUAAUUAUAUGUAGGACAUAUAAAAUAUAAUUAUUUAGUAUAUAUAUAUACACUAUUAAUAAUUUUUUAAUGAAUUAAGAUAUAGUAUUUAGGCAUAUAAGUUAUAUUAAUGUUAACUAAGUAUCACAUAAAGUACCUUUUAACUAAACAAAAAUAAUGCAUACUGAUCAAUAAUUGUGAAAAGUUAAAACAACAAAUGUGUUAUUAGUUUACAGGAUGAAUGGAAUGGUGAAGCCAAAUUAUUAGAAAUAACAGAUUGCAUACAUUUGGCAUAUAUUCAAAGUAUUAAAAAUCUAAUAGAAUUUAAAGCGCAUACGGACAUCGCGGCAUACAAGGGGUUAGAUAUACAUACUCCAGGGAUUAAAUAGCGACCUGGCUAUUGGAUGAGUUUUGUAUGUCCUCCUCUAAAACACUAGGCUAUUUUUUAUUUCAAGGUUCACUGCUUGACACACAGAUAUUAUUAGAGGUUUGUUAAAAAAGUAUCGCAACUUUUAUAUUUUUUAAGAAAGUUUUUAUUUUUUCAGAAAUAUUUUUUAUUGUCUCCCUCAAAGUAAUAACCCCAGAUAAAACGCAUUUAUGCCUGAGUUGUUUCCAAUCCUCAAUUUACAUUCUUAAAAAUACACUUUUUAUGAUAUUGUUCAGUGUUUAUUCCUGACAAACCUAUUUACUUCAGAAUUAGAAACACACAUCAUGAAAUUAUGACAUAACGAUGAUGCUUAAUGGAAACAAUAGAGCUGAGCACCCUACGGUCAACAAUCAAUACCAUCGCUUUCCUUUGAACACGGUCUAGUAGCUCCAAGCAUGAGUAUUAAAAAAGCCGAAACACUUGGCACUUUCAAUAGAUGCCAAUGGAUAUCGCAUUGUGUGUUCAUGUCCAAAACAUCAAGAGCUUCUUGUUGUUUACCAUACCUACCGUGGUUAGAUAGAGACGAUUGUAAUGGGUCAGCGAAAAAUGACAACAAAAAGCACCUUGUCUUUCGUGGAUUAAAAAGUAUUCAAUUCAUUUGAAUUCAAUGGCAAUCUAACAAAAAACUAGUAAGUACAUAUCAUUAUUUGUAGCAUUACUAUUCAUAGAUAUAUCAUUACCAUCAACAUUACUUGUGGCUAAAAAAUAAUUAGUAUACCCCCAUCCUACACCAUAGGAUGGGGGUAUACUAGUUUAGUCAUUCUGUUUGUAACACCUCGAAAUAUUCGUCUAAGACCCCAUAAAGUAUAUAUAUUCUUGAUCGUCAUGACAUUUUAAGACAAUCUAGCCAUGUCCGUCCGUCCGUCUGUCGAAAGCACGCUUAUUUUUGAAGAAAUAAUGGUAGGUGCUUGAAAUUUUGCACAAUUACUUCUUAUUAGUGUAGGUCGGUUGGGAUAGUAAAUGGGUCAAAUCGGUUCAUGUUUUGUUAAAGCUGCCAAAUAAACCGAUCUUAGGUCUUGACUUAUUGAGCCUCAAGAGGGCGCAAUGUUCGUCCGAUUUAACUGAAAAUUUGGUGUUUUGAUAUCACUUCCAACUACUGUGCUUAGUAUGGUUCAAAUCGGUUCAUAACCUGAUAUAGCUGCAAUACAAACCGAUCUUGGGUCUUGACCUCUUCAGUCUUUAAAGGGCGCAAUUCUUAUCCGAUUUGGCUGUAAUUUUGCACGUGGUGUUUUGCUAUCGCUUUCAACAACUGUGCUAAGUAUGGUUUAAAUUGGUUCAUUACCUUAUAUAGCUGCCAUAUAAACCGAUCUCCCAUGGCAGCCGGUUGUACGUACCGGAUUGACCCGAUGGAGUUCUCCAUUUAAAGGCCCCAAUAACUCGCCUUGUCAUAUCAAGCAUCAUAGGCACUCAGUAUUUGUGCAAGAGCCGGUGCCGCCCGACCUCUCACUGAGACUCUCCUUUCAAUACUGCCGCGUCCGCCAUUGUAGCUACUCCAUAUGGAGCAUUCCACUAUCCGCAACCUGUGGACCCCCCGGUAGCUCGCAGUUAAGCUUCUCGUGACAGCAAUGAAUACCACACAGAUUGGAUCUCAAUGUUCCAGCCUUUGGGGUGCUCACAACAACCCGUGCCGGAGUUUCUUACGGUAAUAAUAAUGACUAAAGCGUCAUGAUUAACGUCGGUUCUACAUUUUUGAAAACACCCUUUAAGUCGUGAAAUGAUACCAUUGUAUAUUUCUUGACAACGAAAAAGCCUUUUGUGUACCCAACUAGGCUGUUUCUGCGAAAUCGCCUUGAGUAUAAGCGUGCUGUUGUCGAGAAAGGCGCUUCGAAUAUAUCUAUCAACCUCGCCAGAGUUAGCAAGAAAGGCUUUGCCUGUUCUUAAGUUCCAAUUGAGGGUUUUUGGGUGAGGGAAAAAGCGUGUCAUGGCGAGAAAGUAAAAGCGUGGUAAGCUCAAUCGUGGUUUGAAUUUGUCAAGUUCUUUGUCCGAUAUCUCUUUAUAGGCAAACAAAGGAUAAUGGAUAAGAUCUACUAUGCUAUUAGAGCUAUGUAUAUCUUGCUAUUAAACGAUUCGGGCCAUAAUAAGUUUAGAUGUUGGAGACCAUAGAACUCAUUGUACAAAAUUUCAGCAAAAUCGGGUAAGAAUUGCGCUUCAUAGGGAGUCAAGAAGUAAAAUCGGGAAAUCGGUUUACAUGGAAGCUAUGUAUAUCAGAUUAUGAACCGAUUCAGAUGAUGUUCCUAUGAUGAAAGUCAUAGGAGAAAUGUUUGUGUAAAAUUUCUGCCAAAUCGGAUAAGAACUACGCUCUCUAGUAGAUCAAGAAGUAUAAUUGGGAGAUCGAUUUAUAUGAGAGCUAUAUCAAAAUAUGGACCAAUAUGGCUCAUUUACAAUACCAACCGACCUUUAAUAAUAGGAGGUGUUGAAAAUUUUCAACCAUCUACUCCUUCGAAAAUUAUCGUGCUUUCGACAGGCGGAUGGACAUGGCUAGAUAGACCUAAAAUGUCAUGACGUUUAAGGAUAUAUAUUUUAUGCUGUCUUGGAACAAUAUUUCGAUUUGUUAUAAAUGGAAUGACGAAGUAAUUAUACCACAUCCUAUGGUGCAGGGUAUAAAAACACGGGUGAAAUAAAUAAAAACAAAGGUUUGUUUUUAUGGGUGUGUGAUUUUUCAAAAGUUAGGCCAUAGUUACCAUAAAAAUUGAGGGUGGAAGGUGCGCGUAGUCUUCGGUUUGAGGAUGAGGAUAGCCAGGAUUUAUGAAAACAAACAAAAGUUGCUGCGAGGCGUCAUUUUGAUAUUGUAUGUCUCUCUCUACAUCCCAAAUAGCCUAACAAGGUCCCAAGAGAAAGUGAGAAUGCUCUUAAGAAAUUUUCCUACAAACCGGCUAAGCGAACAAAGCCAAGGAGAUAUUGUAAGGGAAAUUCCGGAAAUGGGAAGAAUCCCAUUACGAUCCAAGCUAGCGAAUAAACUCCAUGGCACUUUGUAGGAAAGCUUAAGAGUGUCUCCUGAACAAGUUCAAAGGAGGGGAAUAGAGA